CCAGGACAGCCCGGGUUACCUGUCGGCGAUGUCGGGGUGUCACCGCCGGGCGGGGCAGCGCCUCCUGCGGGGGGCGCUGUCCAACGGGGGUCUCUACGUGAAGCUGGGCCAGGGGCUGUGCGCCUUCGAUCACCUGCUGCCACCUGAGGUCACCUGCACGCUGCGGCCGCUCGAGGACAGCGCCAGCCCCCGCGGACACCGCGAGGUGGACGAGCUGUUCCUGGAGGAUUUCCAGACCAUGCCUUCCGGAAUGUUCCGUGAUUUCGACUACGAGCCGGUGGCGGCCGCCAGCCUGGCCCAGGUGCACCGGGCCACGCUCCCCGACGGGACCCCCGUGGCCGUCAAGGUGCAGUACCUGGACCUGCGCGAUCGCUUCGAGGGCGACAUGAGGACCCUGGAGCUGCUGCUGCGCCUGGUGGAGUUCAUGCACCCCGACUUCGCCCUGGGCUGGGUGCUGCAGGAGCUGAAGGGGACCCUGGCCCAGGAGUUGGAUUUCGAGAACGAGGCGCGGAACUCGGAGCGCUGCGGGCGGGACCUGGAACACCUGAGGGGGGUGACGGUACCCAGGGUGCACUGGGAGCACUGCAGCAAGCGGGUGCUGACAGCGGAUUUCUGCGAGGGCUGCAAGAUCAGCGACACCGACGGCAUCCGACGGCUGGGGCUGGGGCUGCGAGACACCUCAGAGAAGCUGAUCCAGGCGUUCGCUGAACAGAUUUUCUACACCGGGUUCAUCCACGCGGAUCCGCACCCCGGGAACGUUCUGGUGCGGCGCGGCCCCGAUGGGAAAGCUGAGCUGGUGCUGCUGGACCACGGCUUGUACGAGACCCUGAGCGAGACGGAGCGGCUGUCGCUGUGCGGGCUCUGGCGCGCCAUCGUCCUCGGGGACCGCCAGGCCAUGAGAGACAGAGCGGCCGAACUCGGGGUGCAGGAUUACCUGCUCUUCUCGGAGAUGCUGCUGCAGCGCCCCCUGGGCGGGAACCCCUCUGGUCUGGGAGCUCACCUGGGCUCGGCGGCCCCGGGCUGGGCUCACCUGGGGGGCUCACCUGAGGGUCACCUGCGGCCGGAGGAGCGCGAGUACAUGCGGGGGAUGGCGGCGCGGCGCUUCCCGCACAUGGUGCAGGUGCUGCGCGCGCUGCCCCGCCCCAUGCUGCUGGUGUUCCGCUGCAUCAACACCGUGCGCAGCGUGCACGCCGCCCUGGGCGCACCUGCCGACAGGUACGGCCUCAUGGCCCGCAGCGCCGUGCGCAGCUGGAGCCGCCUGAGGGGGGGUCCCGGGGGGUCCCUGAGGCAGCGGCUGCACCUGGCCUGGGAGAGCUUCAAAUUCGAGCUGGCCCUCAGGCUGGAGUGGUUCCGGUUCCGGUUGGUGUCGGCGGCGCUGCGGCUCCUGAGCCGCUGGGGGGCGCUGCCGCUCGGGGAGCAGCUGCAGGAGCUGCUGCGGGCCUGAGGGGGGCGCCCCAGGAACACCCCAAAACUGC